AUGGCAGCUGGAGAUCUGAAGUACAGGACUGACUUCAGAUUCCCCCGGGACCUGCUGGAGGGCGGCCGGCUGCAGGAGGCGCAGGCCGCCGCCGUCCUCCAGCAGCUGCUGCAGCAGAUCUUCAACCUGCUGCUGGCGGAGCGCGCCCCGGCCCCCUGGAGCCCCGCCCUGCUGGCCGGACUGGGCGCGGGCCUCCACCUGCAGCUGGAAGGCCUGGCCGCCUGUGCGGGGCGGGUCCCGGGGGCCGGNNGGCGGGUCCCGGGGGCCGGAGCCGGCAGCCCGGGGGCGGAUGGCACGGUCCUGGCCAUCAAGAGGUACUUCCAGGACAUCCGUCUGUACCUGCAAGAGAAGGGACACAGCGACUGUGCCUGGGAAAUUGUCAGACUGGAAAUCCGGAGUCACUUCCUCUUCAUUAACAAUCUCAUAAGAAAACUCAGGAACUAA